GAGAGAGAGAGGAAUGCUACAGUCUCCCGUUUUGUUGCACGAGGAGAAGAGAGGAGAGGAGUCGCCUCUGAUGACAGACAGCAGAUCUGCUGCCUGCGACACCUGAACACAUCACCAAACAGAGAGAACAUGAUGAAGGAGAGGAGCCAACUGUAGGAGAGGAGGAGGAGGCUUUCCUAAAAAAAUAAAGAAGAAGAAGAAGAGGAAGAAGAGGAAGAGGAGGAAGAGGAGGAGGGCAGUCAGUCAGCCGGCUGGCCGGAGCACGGAGCCAGUCAGUGGGAGAAAGAGAAAUAGAAAUCACCGCUAUACGACCGUCACAUCAUCACAUCACAUCACAGCUCCGAGAUGACAAAGUCCCAGUGAAGGAGACAGAGAGAGAGAUGUCGCAGAGGAAGAUAUUCCUGGUCUUCAUCGCCAUCAGUACUGUCAGUCUUCUGCUGCACCAUGGGGGCCACUUGAGCUGGACCAUGGAGGCCUUGCACCUCAGUUGUCCUGCCCUUCGUUCCCACCCUGCCCCGGGCCUGAAACCGAAGCACACCAAUGUGGCCUUCCUCAAGACCCACAAGACGGCCAGCAGCACCAUGCAGAACCUGCUUUUCCGCUUUGCGGAACGCAACAACCUCACGGUGGCGUUGCCCGUGCAGGCAUGCGGCCACCAGUUCUGCUACCCGCGCUCCUUCACCUCUCAAUUUGUCCACCCGCACACGCUACCGCCGGACAUCAUCACCAGCCAUCUGCGCUUCAACAAGGCGGAGCUGCGGCGCCUGAUGCCCAACAACACAGUGUAUAUCACGAUCCUGAGAGAGCCAGGCUCCAUGUUUGAAUCCUUGUUCAGUUACUACAACCAGUACUGUCAGAGCUUCAAGAGGGUCCCCAAUGGCUCCCUGGAGGCGUUUUUUGCGGAGCCUUGGCACUACUACCGAGCAGAAGAGAAGGACUCCAUGUAUGCACAUAACACCUUGACCUUCGACUUGGGCGGAGACAAGGAUCGCCCAGCGACAGAUGUGGCGUAUGCACGGGCCUUUGUGGCUGAGGUGGAGCGAGUUUUCCCCCUGGUGAUGAUUUCCGAGUACUUUGAUGAGUCGCUGGUUCUCCUUCGCCAUCUCCUCUCUUGGGAUCUGGAUGACAUUCUGUACGUUAAACUAAACAUGCGGACGUCGAGCUCAAAGCGGAGCCUGACACCGGGCCUUUCUUCAAAGAUCCGCGCCUGGAAUUCCUUAGAUGCACGUCUUUACGACUACUUCAACGCCUCCUUGUGGCGCCAACUGACAGCUCUGGGUCCGGCCUGUGUAGCGAGGGAGGUGCGGCUCCUUCGGCGAGCCCAGGAAAGAUUAAUGAAAAGCUGCUUCAGUGGGCGGAUGCCGCUUCUCCGAUCAGCCGCGCAGAUCAAAAACAAGGAUCUCCGCCCCUGGCAGCCUAGUGGAAAAGUCGACAUUGUGGGCUACGACCUCCCGGUGAAUCUCAGCCGUGGGUUCUCGAGCCAGGCCCAGGAGCUCUGCCUCAAGCUCAUCAUGCCAGAGGUCCAGUACACACGGGUGCUCCUGCGUUCCCAAUCGCUGCGCUACCGCCGAAGUUACCAGCUCCGGCCACCACAGCAGUCGCAUCCCCUCCAACAGCCCGUACGCACAACCCUGCCUCGGCAUCUUCAAGUGCAACGCAGCCAAAUGCCCCCUGGAGCCCCAGGCCCUGCAUCAGGGACAGGGUCCACCUCCACCUCAAAACCUGCUGCAGGAACUCAAGGUCGGACCACAAAGUUAACGCCUAAAUCCUCACAGACUGAAAAAUAAGAGACUGGAAUAUAAUCUGAGUGCCCAAAAAACUGCAAUCAUACCCUGACCGUUGAGACAAUGGUGAUUGGUUGGUGGGGUGUUGGGUACAAGAAGUUGGUGUUGGAAACAAGGGUGUCUUUGGGAAAAAAGUCUGGGUUGUUCUUGAAUCAAUGUCUCUCCUGUCCCUUCUAGACAGAGUUUGGGAUAAAAAUAAAUGAAGAAAAAAAAGGCAGGUAAGACAUAUCUGGAGCUGAACUUGAAUCUCUCCCCUCUCUGGUCUGUGAAACAGUAUCAGGGUUGGCAGACACAAGGGCGGGAGAAAUCUACACUGGGACUCGGCUCAGUUGCACGCCUCUGCACACCCGGCAACAGCGGAUGGGAGAGGGUUUUAGGUGAAAGUGGUUCUUUGAAGCAAAUCUGUUAUGUGCGACUGGGACUCAAUGGGGAAGUGGCGAUAUCGGGCCUAUUGUGAGGCACAGAGUAGGCAUUGUGUGUAUCACACUGGUAUAGUAUCAUGUUACUUGCUUUCAUUCCCUGUUUCUCGAGCCCUCUCUCUGGCUCUCUCUCCCUAACAUAUGCCACUUAAAGUCCUUGAGAGAGACAUAAUGACAUAAAGGGAUCAGCUGUCAGGCGUCCAAAGAGCCUCCUAAGAGGCCAGACAGACAUUGAGAUCACCUCCAACCAUUAAUACAACAGCACAAUCAACUUCUCUUCUUCUUCUUCUUCUUCUUCUUCUUCUGCUGCUGCUCUUACAAACUUUAGAGCCAAAAGCAAUGGAGGGAGGGGGGUUAAAAAGCCAGACAGAUAAAGAGACUUUAUACAGAGCCUAAAGACUGGAUGCGCAGUUUGGCCAGCCAUUAUCGCUAUGACUCACACAGAGACCGAACACACAAAUCAAGCCUGUUUCUCUUCAGCUUUUGACCUCUUUGGCUUCGUCCUCUCCAUCCUCCAUCCCCUCAUCCCUGCUGCUACCCUCCGGUCGCACUCUCAACCCAAAGAGCAGCGCCGACAUCUUGUUUUCUUCAACCCCCGGUUCACCUCUGAUCGCAGUCGACCUCGGACCACCAGCUGAGAUUGUGCAUCGUAGAGACUUUCUGGGUUUCUGGAUGUGGGGUUUUGUUUUGUAAUCUUGUUGCAAUAAGAUCGCCUAUACGAAAGGCAUGGAUUUAAUAACCUACCAGCAACCCCACACCGCACACACCGGCACAAACAAAAACGAAAAACAACUUGGACAAAGACUUGAGGCCUGUGGGUCGCAGUGUUUGAAUAUUUAAUCGUCUCCUCUUGCGGCCCUCCUAUGGCCCACGUUCUUGGGUUACACGGCCGUACAUUUUCAUUAGGAAUACAAGGACCGGGCGAAAGUGGCUCAUUCUGCACUUGGGAAACGUGGGAGGACAAAGCGAGAGCAUCGGUGUGGGAUGCUUAAAGUCUCGUUAGGCUGGUGGGCCGGCUGGUUUGGCUGUGAUCUUAAAAUGUCAUCCCUUAUCUCAGCUGUGAUCCAUUUUUAAUCCAUUCUGCUCAUAUUUAAUGUGUCAUUUAUGUUCUUUUUAUUCCUCCAGUGAUCAGCAGGACACUGCUAAGUAACUGGGGGGCGGAGGAAGGAUGUCUGUGUGUAUAUGCGGGAGUGUGUGUGAGCCAGGAAGCGGCUCUCUCGGCUUCAUGUUGUAUUUUUUUUCCCCCAAGGCCAGCCAUGUUGGCAUGGCAACAAAAGGAAAUAAUGUGUAUGAGAUUUAUUGAAACUAUGUAUUAUUUAUUAUCGGGAUUUAAAGAGUCCUUUUACUGUAUUUUUAACUGUUAUUUUUCAUGAAUCACUGGAUAAAAUCCUUCACAUGUUCAGCGUACCACUGAGGUGGAACAAGGCAUGUGGAAAUGAUAUGAAGAAUGAAUUCUAUACAUGCUCUACAUAAUGCAAAACUACAAAGACCACUUCGGAAAAACCGCACAUUGAAACAAGUGUAGUCGCUUUAAAAUUAAUCUUUCAUUCUGCAGUGCUUAAGUGCUCAACCACACAAAGCUUUUGUGGUUGGAGUCUGUCGCACUGUAGGUUACAAUAAUGAAAAACACACAAACCACCGCUGCUCUGACAGGAAUAAAAAGCGGAGCGGGCGGAAAACAGACAUGAGUAGAGGAUAAACAGUUUUAUGAAGUGGCUGUGAAUAUUUUAAUUCAAAGUGUGCUUAUCCGAACGUACCGGGGAACCUCAGCUUUGAAAGCACGAGCUGCACAGCGUUUUUUUAUUUAUUUACAGGUUUUUGAAAUGUGUUCGGAUAUGUGUAAUAUUUCUUCUAGGUACAAACACUGCGAAAACUCACUUUAAAGGAUAAGGCUGGUCUUUUUCUACACUUUUCUUACUGUUAACAAAUCCCACAAAAAGACCAAAACCAACAAUGUGUAAGUCUGUCUGCUAACUUUCCCGCCCUGUCUGUGGCACACAGCUUCAAGCGCAUUGGUUCCUGCUGUAAAUCCUUAAAAAACGGGUCAUAAAUAUAUGGAUUUAUUCUUUAAAAAAAGGCUCAGUAAUUCUCUAAAACAGCUGGGCAUUGUCGUUUUUUAGCAGCUAUCACUCAAACAAGAAACGGUGCAUUUGUUGGGGACUAUUUUCAGCUGUGGAUGAAUACACAUUUAAUAGUGUCUAUUUCCAGCAGCAGGACGGUGUAUGUUGGAUUAAAAAAAAACUACAGUGCCCCUGUUUGUCGUAAUGAUGGAGCAUGUCACCCAGUGCACCAGCCAGACACAUUGAUGUGUUUUUAAAACGAGUGGCGACCUACGGUGCUGAGCAGUGAAGCGAACACAGAAGUGCCAAAAACUGCAGUUCCUUGAAUGGCCACUUGAGGCUGGCUCCAAAAGCGAGUCCAUCCCCAUAGACCCCCAUGUUAAAAUGCCCAACUUUACAGCAGAAAUAAACAUGUUUACAGCCUGGUACAACAAAAACGGUUUUGGUCUCUAUCGCUGAUUUCCCUUUUAUGUCUGUACAGGGAGGGAAUUUUUAUAUAACUCACCUGUUUAAAUUAUAUUUAGGCUUAAAGUUGGGCAUAAUGAGGGCGUGGUCGUCGCUGCCAAGAUGACGACGGCCGGAGCCACCCUCUUCAGAGACCUAUGGGGUGACGUCACGGAGACUACGUCCAUAUUUUAUACAGUCUAUGGUUUAUAAAAGGUUUUGGGAUCAAUUCAUUGCAGUUUUUGGUCGUUUCAUGGGAUUUGUUGACCAUAGGAGAAAUUUAGAAUAUCACCAGCCUUAUACAUUAAAUCACAUUGCUGAUGAUGCUGAUCCUUAAACUAUAUUUUAAUUAGUAAAUGUGAAACAAAGCAUUUUAGCUUUAAAUGAAACUCCUGAAAUGCUUCAACCUGCUGCUGUAAAAUAAAAAGAAAACACAGAAUUUAUGUGUUUGUCACUAAUUAAGCAUUUACGGAGACCCAAAGUGCUGAAUUGUAAUUUAUUUCUUAUAUAUUCAUUUAAUUUUGUAAACUUUAGGUCUCCAUAAGCAUUGGCACAAAACUUGACUUUUAAGGUUAAUAUGGAGUUCAGGUACUGUCGGUACAUUCCUGUGGUAAUAAAUAAACUGUCUGCCAAAGGCAAAUAAACUAAAAAGUACGAUCAAAAUGGGUUUUUGAAAAUGCGUUUCCUCCCAUGUCUGUGUCUGACUGGAAGCAAAAUGAAGAAUCUGUUUUUAUUUCCCCUGAAGUGUUCAUUUAUGAUCCAUCUCUCCGUGGCUGUGAGUCUCUCUAAGUGCUGUUUUGAUUGUACGAGUCAUUUGCCCAGUUGUUCUGCUUCUUGUGGGAGAGUUUCAGUAAUGGUCAUGCUGUCGUGUCUAAAGUGUCGGCUAUUCUUCUUUUGCCAGAGGGGUUUGUGAAUAACAGCACGCUAAAAUCUCAUCAUCUUCACAUUACUUGCCCCUUCUUCGUUUUGUUUAGAGCGACGUCGCAAAGCUGUUGUUUUUUUAUUUUCGUUUUACUAGAAAAUGAAAUUCUUCUGGUGUCGGAUACAUUUUUUUUGUGUCUGCUGAGCCUUUAUGUUGCAGGGAAGUGAAGGAAAACGUUCAUUGACAUCGGGUGAAAGUGGCGAUGGUACUCUGACUGUAUUUUGCUCAUCUUUUAUUUCCAUUUUCUGUUUAUGGACUUAUCUUUGAACUGUGAAGAAGGAGACAGAUUUUUCCCAUUUUGGUGAUUGUUAGGAAGAGUUUGGGUGGGUGACGGGGCUCUGAACAAACGGCUAAUGACAAUCAGAGCUAGGGGCCCCAAAGUUUUGAAAUGGUGGAGGGUGAACGUGACGAAUAAAGUUUGAAUGAUUUCAAUUCA